GAGAUUUCAAAAACUUUGAAUGUGAGUUAAAUUAAGUUUUAAAACUUUGUAAUGGCUAACUAAAUUAACUAACUUCUCCCUACAAAAAUUAAGUUUCUAAAUCCGAUUCUUUUUUCCUUGCUUAAAUGCAAUGACGAUGAUGCAGAUUGAAGACAAUUCAUUCCAAGGAUCACUGUAUGAAGUUGCAAAAAGCAAUGAUGUCGAAGCCUUGACCAGAUUUCCAUUACAGAUCAUUAACAACGAAGUAACUCCUGGUGGGAACUCACUCCUUCAUAUAGCUGCACGCUUUGGUAGCAAAGGCGUAGCUCGAUGGCUGGCUCAGCAGCUUCCCCACUUAAUUGUUCAGAAAAACUAUAUCGGUGAUACUGCACUUCAUUCUGCCGCAAAAGCUGGAAAGGUAGAAACAACCGAAGUUCUUCUCCAAUUUUGUACUAAUCCCGCUGCUUGCUCGACAGACAGUGUUACCGACCUGUUGAGGAUGAAGAACUUAGAAGGAAAUACUGCUUUGAAUGAGGCUGUGAUCCACUACAACUUUGCUUCCAACAAUGUUGGAAUGGAGAUUAAUUACCGUGCUGUGAUCCAAUCGAUGGUUUUUGCAGACCCCAAACUAGCCUAUAUUGCUAACAGUGAGGGGAAAUCUCCCUUAUACUUGGCAAUUGAAACCACCAAUUUGAAGAUUCUUCAGUGUCUCUUGGAAUAUCCUUUACCUACAGCUGGAGAUCACCCACAACUACCAGAAGGAAAGUCUCCGGUGCAUGCUGCCAUUGAGAAAAAGAAACUUGAUAUGUUGAAAGGAAUGCUAGACAAAAGACCAGAGUUAAUAAACUCAACAAAUGAGAAAGGGCAGAAAGCGCUGCAUUGUGCAGCAUCAGUAGGUAACUUGAAAGCAAUAGAUUUCUUGUUACAAAAUUAUCCCAAGGGAAUAUACGAAAGGGACAAUGAGGGCCUCUAUCCUCUGCAUGUUGCCUGUGAAAGCGGUUAUGUCAAAGCAUUCAACAGGUUGUUCUGCCAGUGGCCUGAUACAUCAGAAUUCCUCAACGAAAAAUGCCAAAACAUUCUUCAUGUUGCGGCCAGGAAUGGCAAAGAUUAUAUGGUGAGAUGCAUAGUCAAAGAUAAAAAAUUUUGGCCUGAACUUGUAAACGCCAAAGACAAUGAGGGGAAUACACCCUUGCACUUGGCAGCUAUGCACGGUCAUUCUCUAGUUGUGGGCACUCUGCUGUUAACUAGGAAAUGUGACUCCCAAAUUUUAAAUAAGGCAGGCUUGACAGCCUAUGAAGUUGCUAAGGAGCGAGCCGGGGAUCAAGUGGACUCUAGAAGACAAAUGCACGAUGGGCAAAGCAAUGAGCAGAAAAAUGAACAAGGCAAUGAGCAAACAAAUGUGCAGCAUCAAAUUGUCUCUUCAAAGGAUACAAAACCACCAGAUUCAGUUGGCUCGAUGAUGACAUUGUCUAUCUUAUAUUUAUUACACCUAUUCAAAAUCUCAUGUGCUGCUCGUCGUCAAGAAAUGAAAAUAAAGAGAGCACAUAAGGAGGAUAUCAAGAACAGGAUCGAUGCUCUCCUCAUCGUUGCAACAGUUAUUGCUAGUAUAGCCUUUCAAGCUGCAGUUCAAAUGCCUAGCUAUGAAAAUAAUAAAAGCGAAAGCAGCAAUGGUAACCUAGUACCGGCCCCGGCCCCAGCCACAACCCCAACCCCACCCAGAUUCUCCCUACACGGUUGGUUUAUGCGUUUCAUUACAGAUAAAUUAGACUUGACAUACUUACAAUUAUUCACCUUAUUUGACACUUUAGCUAUGAACCUCUCCAUUUUCGCGGCCAUCACCUUAUGUUGGGUUGAACUUGUUGAUGUCAAUUUUUCGGCUUUCUUCGUGUGGAAAGCAUCAAUUUUGGUAGGGGGUGCCCUGUACGCCACUUGCAAUGCUUUCGGGUUUGCUAUGUUGAUAGGAAUUAGAGGUUUGGGUUCUACUUAUGUCACUGUUAUGAUUAUCGUGGAAGCCGCCUUUAUUAUUGUUCUGACGGUGUUCACAACUCCCCUAUUUAUCCCUUUUGGACUCAAGUAUUUGUUCGUCCGAGGUCUUUAUGUUGUUUUCUUCAUUGGUUACUUUAUUGUUCAUAGACUCUUGGAUUGUUGUCUCUACUGCUUAUGGGGAAUCUAGCAUGGUACUCCAUAUCAUAUCAAAAAGUUAGAUAUGGAUAUGUGUUCAAUAUACAAUGAUUUGUUGUGCAGAACUACAGAUGAUAAAGCAGUAUGCUUGAUAUGGUUGAGGAACACGCAUUCCUCCCUUUUAAAAAGUGACGCAGAAACUCCUCCUCACAUAUUCGUUGUUGUGGUAAAGUAGAUGCCUCACUUUUCCAGAAGUUUGAUUUUUCGUUUUAGAGUUCUUAUAAGAUAUUCUUGUGUUUAGAACUUGGUCUGAUUAAUUUCAUGGGAUGUUGUCGUGGUUUGUGUACUUUUCUCUUAUGGUGUGUUGGCUCUUUGUUAAGAGAUGUGUUUGAAUCGUUAUGUUGAGUGGUUGUAAUAUGAAUUUUGGGUGUUACACUCAUUGAUUGUUCUAGAUUUUUAGGCUGCUUCUUCAUUUCCUAGACAAAAAGCCCCAAACUAUCAAUGCAUCAAUAGGCAUUACCCAACUAAAAAAGUAAAGGGCACCUAGCCUAAAGAAUUGCAUGCUAAGCUCACAUAUGGCUCCUAUAAUGAAGUUUUACCCUCAUAUAGCUUGGCUUUGCUCAAAUUUGUAUUUAAUAUUUGUUUUGUUUAUAACUAAAAUGCUUAAACAAAUUCAGAAAACUAAAGCUUGGUUUAAUCUAGUUUUAAGUUUUUCCUUUAAGUUUUAAUUUUUUGUUUUUAGUUUUUAUUUUUGUACUAGAUAAUACUCGUGCCUUGCUUGGGAACAUGACAAUAAAGAACAUGAAAAAAAUUGAAGAAUAAAUAAAUACAAUAUAUAGUA